AUGGAGUUUCCUGCGGUGGCACUGUCGUUCAUCCUGGCCCUGCGAAUAUCUCCGCUGGCUUCUGGGAGCAAACUGCAGCCCCACAUGCCGAACGUCUGCGCGGAGCAGGAGCUGUUGGUGGUGGGGCAGCAGCAGCCGUGCGUGCAGGCGCUGACCCGCGCCAUCAAGGUGUGGAAGCAGGACUGCGGGGGCCGGCGCUGGUGCACGGGCUACGAGCGCAGGGUGCUGUACUACACAGGCUACAGGCAGCUGUACCAGCUGAGAUCCCACACCACGUACAGGUGCUGCCCGGGGUGGUCCCAGCUGGCCGGGGAGGACGGGUGUCUGCACCCUGCCUGUGGUUACAGGGUUUGUCUCAAUGGUGGAAGCUGCCGAGAGGGAUCCUCACAGCUCUGUCACUGCUCCUCUGGCUUCCAGGGACCUCACUGCCAGCACGAUGUGGACGAGUGCCAGGUCCACAACGGGGGCUGCCAGCACAGGUGUGUGAACACCCUGGGCUCCUACUACUGCGAGUGCCGGCCGGGCUCCCGCCUGCACACGGACGGCAGGACCUGCAUCGCUGUGAACUCCUGUGCCCUGAACAACGGUGGCUGUGAGCACGACUGCGUGCAGGUGACGCUGGCACAGCACCGCUGCCAGUGCCGCCACAACUUCCAGCUGCAGGAGGACGGGAAGCGCUGCGUCCGUGAGAACCCCUGUGCCGACGGGAACGGGGGCUGCCAGCACCGCUGCAACGGCCAACGCGGCCGCUGCCGGAUGCGAGUGCCACCCGGCUACCGCUGGCCCGACGGCAAGGCCUGCGAAGAUGUGAACGAGUGCCUGACUGGCCUGGCCAUGUGUUCACACCAGUGCCUGAACACACGGGGCUCCUUCAAGUGCACCUGUAACCCGGGCUACGAGCUGGGGGCGGAUGGCAAGCAGUGCUACCGGAUAGAGAUGGAGAUUGUGAACAGCUGCGAAGCCAACAACGGGGGCUGUUCCCAUGUGUGCCACCACACCAGCUCUGGCCCAGUGUGCACCUGUAACUUCGGCUUUCGGCUGGAGGAGGACCAGAAGUCGUGCACUGAUAUCAAUGAGUGUGACACUGGUUCUCACUGUUGUCACCAAGACUGUUACAACUACCCUGGGGGCUACGAGUGCUCCUGCCAUGCUGGGUACAGGCUGAGCACGGAUGGCUGUGGGUGUGAUGAUGUGGAUGAGUGCUCUUCAAACAACGGAGGGUGUGAGCACACGUGCCAGAACCAGCCAGGGUCGUUCCAGUGUGGCUGUGAGAUUGGACACAAGCUGGACGAAGACCGAAGGAGCUGCAUCUCCCUGGAGGACACUGUGGAAGCUCUGGAUGGUCGGCGCCCCGUUAUCCGCCCGAUCCCUCACGUCGCCAUCCUGCGAGAUGAAUUCACCCAGCUCUUCGACGACGACUACGAGGAGGAGGAGGAGGAAGAGAUGGAAGCAAGAGGGGAGCACACGCUUUCAGAGAAAUUCGUUUGCCUGGAGCGCACGUUUGGCCCCGACUGCAGCCUGACCUGCGAGGACUGCGCCAACGGAGCCACCUGCAACGCUGAGGGCACUGGCUGUGACUGCCCGGCGGGCUGGACGGGCACCCUCUGCAACCAGACUUGCCCGGCCGGCACCUUCGGCAGCAACUGCAGCCAGAGCUGCCGCUGCCAGAACGGCGGCUCCUGCGACCCCACCACCGGCGCCUGCCGCUGCCCGCCCGGCGUGGCCGGGGAGCUCUGCCAGGACGGGUGCCCUAAAGGAUUUUUUGGGAAACAAUGCAGGAAAAAGUGCAACUGUGCCAACCGGGGCCGCUGCCACCGGAUUUACGGAGCCUGCCUGUGCGAUCCGGGCUUGUACGGCCGGUACUGCCACUUGGCCUGCCCCAAGUGGGCGUUCGGCGCGGGCUGCUCGGAGGAGUGUCGGUGUGUGCAGCCCCACACGCGGGACUGCGACAGGAGGGACGGCUCCUGCCACUGCAAGCCCGGCUAUCAUGGCGAGCGCUGUGAGGCCAGCUGUGACCCUGGCUACUAUGGGGAUGGCUGCAAGAAGAAGUGUGGCUGCUCCCCAGGAGUGUCCUGUGACCCUGUCACUGGAGAGUGCCAGAAGGAGUGUCCCCCAGGGUACCACGGGGAGAACUGUGACCAAGAGUGCCCCCAGGGGACGUUUGGGGCGGGCUGCAGGUGGCCCUGUGCCUGUGGAGGAGCUCCCUGUGACCCGAGCACGGGGCAGUGCCACUGCCCGCCCGGCUGGAUGGGACACGACUGCGGCCAAGCCUGCCCUGGGGGUCGCUGGGGGCCGGGCUGCCAGGAGAUCUGCCCCAACUGCGCCAACGACGCCCGCUGUGACCCCGCCACAGGAGCCUGUGUGUGCCCGCCCGGCUACACUGGCCAGCGCUGCCAGGAUGUGUGUCCUCCAGGCUGGUUCGGCUUCGACUGCCAGCUGAGCUGCAGCUGUGGGAACGAGGGACAUUGUCAUCCUGUGACGGGGAUGUGCAGCUGCCCACCUGGCUGGAUGGGGCACAACUGUCAGAGAGCCUGUGACGUGGGGCGCUGGGGCCCCGACUGUGCCCACGCCUGCAACUGCAGCAACAGCGACGGCAGCUGCAGCGCCGAGACCGGGCAGUGCCUCUGCGACGCCGGGUACACGGGCGGCCACUGCGAGCACAAGUGCCCAGAAGGAUGGUUUGGGCUGAGCUGUCGGCACCAGUGUCAGUGUGAGAACGGGGCAGCCUGUGACCAUGUCAGCGGGGCCUGCACUUGCAGCCCAGGCUGGAGAGGAACGUUCUGUGAGCACGCCUGUCCCGAUGGAUUUUACGGACUGGAGUGUCGGCAGACCUGUGACUGCCUGAACGGUGCCCACUGUGACCCUGUGACGGGCCAGUGCCAGUGUCCCCCCGGCUGGACCGGCCCCCGCUGUGGCCAGGCGUGCCAGGAGAACAGGUACGGCCAGAACUGCAGCCAGACCUGCCACUGCUUCAACAAUGCCACCUGCAGCCACGUCAGCGGCCGCUGCCUCUGCGCUGCCGGCUGGACGGGACCCACGUGCCAGCAAGCCUGCCCGGCGGGUUCCUUUGGGAAGAACUGCCUCCAGCGCUGCCUCUGCCAGAACGGUGGCACGUGUGACCCGGCCACGGGGGUCUGUGCUUGCCCCGCGGGCUGGACUGGGCUGGCCUGUGAGCUGGCUUGUCCAGAGGGGAGGUUUGGGGCACGCUGUGAGGAGCUCUGUGACUGUGGGGACAGUGUCUCGUGCCACCACGCCACCGGCGCUUGUGACUGCCCCCGUGGCUGGAGAGGCCGGCGCUGUGAGAAGGCCUGCCUGCCAGGUUCCUUUGGGAAGAACUGUGCCAGCCGCUGCACCUGUCCCCUGGGAGUGCCCUGCCACCACGUCACCGGCCAGUGCGGCUGCCCCCCGGGACUGACCGGCUCUGGAUGUGAAAAAUCCUGCCUGCCUGGAACCUUCGGAGAGGGCUGUGCUCAGAUCUGCCAGUGUUCUGGAGCCACCCAGGAAUGUCACCCGGUCACCGGUGCCUGUGUCUGUGCCCCCGGCUUCCAUGGCCCCUCCUGCCAGCUGGAGUGCUCCCCUGGGUGGUACGGCCGUGACUGUGAGAGGCUGUGCCAGUGCAAGAACGGGGCCCGGUGUGACCCUUCCACGGGGAUGUGCCACUGCCCGCCCGGCUACCUUGGCGCCGACUGCGGCAUCGGCUGCAAGGAAGGAACGUACGGCGAGGGGUGCCAGCGGCUCUGUGACUGUGCUGGUGACGUGCCCUGUGACCCGGCCACGGGGCAGUGCCUGUGCCCGCCCGGGAAAACCGGCCCCACGUGCACUGCAGACUGCCAGCCCACCCACUUCGGCCCUGACUGCCACCUGACCUGCCAGUGUGCCCCCAGCAGCUCCUACUGCAACGCUCGGAACGGGCAGUGCCUCUGCCUGGACGGCCACACGGGACCCACGUGCAGGGAAGCCACACAGUCCCUGGCACCCACCAGGUCACCACCACCCCUGGAGGGGCUCUGGCUGGCUGAGCACUAGAUCCUGCUCCCGGGAUUGCUCCCCCAGUGGGACCAAGCAGACACCUGAAGAAGCCAAUGACCUGUUAAGGAACUCAUUUAUGAGCUGCAUGAGCAGCUUUCAUCUCCUCACAGCCCCAGCUGCUGCCUUUGGGGUUGACUGAGCGAGGCUGCAGCGCCCAGUAUAACCAGUUCACUGCACCAGCACGGGCUGGCCGUGAGGACACGGGUGCCAACACCAGUGCAGGCCUUCAGCCAGAGACCAGAGGGACCAGUUCAGAAGGAAUCAGUUCUGGUCGGGGGACAGUGGACUUUGGCAGCUCGUGACACAUUGCUGACCUUCAUCUUCUGGGUGCUGGGCUUGGGGAGGGGGCUGAAAUUGUGGACCAAAUCAGGUAUUUAUGCACCAAUAUUUAUGGGAAGCUGAACCACAGCGUUGUCAGGACUGAUGGCUGACCCUGCCCGGCUCUCCUGGGCUUGGGCCUCCUGUGGGUGUACUGCCUCACUUGAAUUGUUUUUUAAAUUUGAAUUUGCAGUGUUGUUUUACUGUAAAUAACUAUUUGCUGUGGGGGAACACGUUGGGCUCCUUGCCCACAGUGCAGGCUGUGCUGGAGCCUGUUUAUUAUGCCAGGGGUUUAUCAGCCCAUGGAGCUGUCCCUGUCACCUACUCCACCAAAAAGGAAGAUUAAGUGUGGUAAUCAAAGAUACUGUGUGGAGACAAAGCACUUGCACCACCUGGUCAAUGCACGUCCCUAUGGGAGUGUCCUCCCCCAGCCUUGGACCCUGAGUCAUAGCCAGGGGCUGGGAAUGGGUAGAGGCAGGAAAAGCAGCUGGGUCCUGGCUUGGUGAUGGGUAUGAAGUCAUGGCAAGGCUUUGGCUGCCACCUGCAGCAGCAGGGAAUGCCACCACUCCAGUGCCACUGCUCCAACACCAUCACCCUGGCCAGGGCUCCCCCAGCCCCUGAGCCCCUCUGUCUGUUUGCACAAAGCUCUUGGGCAGGGGAAGCCCGAGAGCCAACACUGUCAGAGGAACCCUGGCUCUGCAGAGGGGAGGGACAGCCCUGUCCCAUCCCAUCCCAUCCCACCCCAUCCCAUCCCCACUGUGGCAGCUGCAGCACAGCCCUGCCCAGGCACUUGGCCUUUAAAUUAUUCCCACAGGGGCCAACUGAAAAUAAUAAAAGAAUUGUUUCUUUUCCUGAUGGAAUUUAUUUUAAGCUGUAUAUAACUUGUAAUUUUGGGCUAAUUCCUUUCUUAUUUUAUUUCUUCCUUAACAGUAUUUUUUGCAUUAGGUAUCAUUCUUGUGAAGAAACGAUGUUAAUAUAAGUAUGUAGUGAAGGACCAAAAUCGUGUCGUUAAGGUUGGAUGUUGGAUGAUGGAUAACCAGGGAGUAGGAACAUUUUGUCCAUGUGCCAAAUGCCCCCAGAUCAGUCCUGCCAGUCGUGCUGCCAAUUCUUCAGACAAUCACCCCUUGGGUUCCCUUUGCCUUGAAGUGCCCAGGGGUUGGAGGAAGGUUCUAGAGAUGGCCUUGGCUGGUUGGGAACCAGCACCAGCUCCCCCAGUGCAGAAGGAGGAGAAAAAACACUCUGCCUCGAUGGCCUUGCUCCAGGAGAACAUGGAAACAGCCUUAAGUGUGGGGAUGGAUCCAUCCCGUCCUGCUCCAGCAUGAAGCUGAGCUGCAGCUCCGUGACUCCUGGAAGCUCAGAGCAAACCAUGUGUCUGAGCAUGGGACCACAGCAACCCUGUACCUGUAUUUUUAUAUAAUGUGGUUUUUUUCCUGUUCAUAUUUCUUAAUACAAAUUGUUUGUUUCCUCUUUU